AUGCCUCUCCCUACAACUGCUCGUCGCGACCUUCGGACCACGGGGGCCCAGACACGCUCGAAGAAGCGCCGACGGGGCUCUGCAGAGCAUGACAAGCUGCCCUCACCUCCGUACUCGACGCCCCAGCCGCCGCAGAAGAUUCCUAAGCAUCAUCACCAGCCCCCCGCGUUCUGGGACAAAUUAUCCCGUGUUCCUUUGGUAUCGGGAGCCUUGUGGGAGUUCAACCGGCGUGAGCGGCUACAACGACGAUCUCGGCUUAUGAGCGCGCCCUACAGGCCGCAAAGCCCCAUACGCCAAAACAGCGUCGAUACCGACCACUGCGACAGGCCAGACCUCGACCUCGAACGAUUCGCAAGGCAAGGUGGUCCUGACCUUUCAGACCUCCGCGGUGCCAUGCCACAGAGCGAUCGAGGGAGGGUUCAGAAGAGUGGGAAACGUGUUCGUGGCCGGAGCAUGGGAAGUUUAGGCAGUCUGUUGAGGACAACAACACAGGACCGCACCAACAAUACAAAGAGCACUGGGCCAUACAAUGCUGCGUUCAAGCAACACCUGGUGGACUGCAAAAUCUGGCCAGUUGGCCAUUAUCUCGAGUCUGGAGAGAAGCCGCCUGCCCCUGAUAAUAUCGAUGAGAUUCGACAAGCACUUCGCGCCCCAAGCCGUGCCUCGCUAGAGCCCGAAUGCUUCACGACGGACCACUUCGAACAAUUCACGAAAGCUUAUUCUCUUGCUGAUGCAGAAGAAGCACGCGGACGGACACUCGAGGUUGUCGAAGGCACACAGCUAGCGCUGAGCUCGUCACACAUCAAGAAGGGCCCUGUCCUGCUGAGCAAUCUUCUCCAACUCACGAUGGACAACGCAGUGCCGGGCAACCCCGACCGAGCGUAUGGGUCGCGCCCGGAACAGCUGGCCCAGUCGGUCCGCAGAGACCCAAGCCUCAACAAACUGAUCUUGCCCACAACUGCACAGAAUAUCCUCUGCCCCAACUUCAUCGUCCAUAUCAAGGGGCCGGCAGGGAACCCUGAAAUAGCCAAGAUUCAGGCUGUAUAUGACGGCGCACUUGCUGCACGUGCGGAGCUUAUUUGCUGCAAGGGCAGUGGAUUCGGAUUCAACAAGGGCUGGCAGUUCAGUCUCAGAAUAUAG